GGGUUUUUCAAGUGAAUUGUAAUUAUAUAAAAGUUGUGAUUAUACAUAACAAAAUCAAUACAUGUAUCAAAUUACAAUUGUUUAUCACGCAGAAUGCUAGAAUUGCAUAACAGCUAAUGUAUGCAUUAUCUCGUAUCUUGUCACUCACGGAAGAUGAUAAGCUAUAUGUACGUACAUGUACUUAUUAAUUACAUAUGACAUAUAUACCUGUGUUUAUAUAUAAAUGUACUUUAUUAAUCAUUUUGACUGCGUAUUCUUCAAGCAAAGAAUGAAUUAUCAUCAAUAUUACUUUCAUACAAAGGUUUAGCAAGUUGCACUGUCACAUCUAUCAAGGACAAAUGCGUAUCACAUAUCGGAGUUCAAACUUCAAAAAGUCGUUCGGUAAUGCCCGUCAUUUGCGUCAGUCGCGUCGCGGUGCGUCAGGAAAUAUACUCGUUGUACGCUACGUUUCACGAUGCUGCGUACUGCGCUUAAUCAGAGCGUACGAAAACUCAGUGGUACGUGUUCUUCGAUAAAAUGCAACCGACUGGAAGGAAAAAUCGCGGUCGUCACCGGCUCGACGGAUGGAAUAGGAUUGUCCAUUGCGAAACGUUUAGCACAGGAAGGUGCUAAGGUGGUGAUCAGCAGUCGUAGGGAAGCGAAUGUGAAGAAGGCGAUAGAGGAACUUAAGUCCGAGGGAUUACAGGCCACAGGUAUCGUUUGCCAUGUCGGGAAAGCCGAGGACAGGAAGAGAUUGUUUGAAAAAACCAAAGCGGAUUUCGGAGGUUUGGACAUCCUGGUGUCCAACGUAGCUGUCAAUCCAGUAAUGAGCACAGUGAUGGACACCGCAGAAGAAGCAUGGGACAAAAUCUUUGAUGUUAACGUCAAGGCUACGUAUCUCCUCAUGCAGGAAUCUCUGCCACUCCUCAAAUGCAGCAAAUCCCCUUCUAUCGUCAUUGUAUCCUCGAUCGCUGGUUAUCAGCCUUUUAGUUUACUGGGUGUAUAUUCGAUCAGCAAGACUGCUUUACUGGGACUGACCAAAGUUACUGCGGAUGAACUCGCCUGCGAUGGUAUUCGUGUAAACUGUAUCGCUCCAGGGAUAAUAAUGACCAAAUUUUCCAAAGCGAUAUACGAGACGGAAGGGGCACACGAGACUGCCGUGUCAAACAUCAGCAUGGGAAGACUUGGACAGCCAGACGAGGUUGCAGGUACAGCUGCGUUCUUAGCAAGCGAUGACGCUGCUUAUAUUACUGGUGAAACUAUAGUAGUAGCUGGUGGUAUGAAGUCGCGAUUGUAAACUCUUUACAAUGGCAUUUCGAUAAAGUAAUACUCUACUUAAAUUCUAUACGCUUUAAAAUUUUGUAUGUUACGUUACGCAAGAAAAAUGUGUGCAAUAUAUGUUUAAUAGUAACUAAUUUGGUUAUAGAGAUUUGUUUCUUACGAGGUAAGUUUUUAAAUGGUAUUAUUACAUGCUAAACAUUUUUGUAACUUAAUUAUGACAAUAAAAAUCCGAGUAAACGGCCGUGCGCCGGCCUGUAAAAUAAUAAUCAUGUAACAGCGUUAAACGAGUUGCGAUAAUAUAAGUUUUAUACU